AACAUUGACAACAAGGCUUCCCUCUUUAGUCUUUUGUUGGACUGUAAACGCACGUACCGUUUUAUCGUAAAUCAAAGUCCUCUAAAACGUUUGUUUUUACGUUUAUUCGUAGAACGUACUAGUAUUUUAGUCCUCAGUCGCAACUCGUCGCUGUAGGUCGCGACGCACACGCUAUAGCUGCUGCAGCCUGCAGUACAGUAAACGGUCAUACGGACUGUUAAACCCAAACUUUCAACAUGUUCAAAUCAAUAAUAUUUGCCCUCGUGGGCUUAUUGAUCUUCAGUUUUGGAUGCUGCGAUGAUAUCCGCGUCGAUCUGGAUCCGUUGUCGGACGAGUUCAUCGAUCACAUAAAUUCGAUACAAUAUUAUUGGAGCGCCGGCCGCAAUUUUCACAAGAACACACCGAUGUCUUAUUUAAAAGGAUUGAUGGGUGUGCACGAGAGCAACGCUCACUACCCGAAAUUGGAACAACUGGUGUCAUACACCGACACACCGACCGAUCUGCCGGAAAAUUUCGACGCCAGGGAACAUUGGCCGAAUUGUCCAACUAUUAGAGAAGUCAGGGAUCAAGGAUCAUGCGGGUCUUGUUGGGCUUUUGGAGCUGUAGAAGCUAUGUCAGACCGUGUCUGCAUUCACUCUAAAGGCGCUAAAAAUUUCCAUUUUUCGGCUGAGAAUUUGGUUUCCUGUUGCUGGACAUGCGGUUUUGGAUGCAAUGGAGGCUUCCCAGGAGCAGCAUGGCAUUAUUGGAAAACUAAAGGCAUCGUUAGCGGAGGUCCAUAUGGUUCUAAAAUGGGAUGUAUUCCCUAUGAAAUUGCUCCAUGUGAACAUCAUGUGAAUGGUACUCGAGGACCAUGUAAAGAGGGUGGUAAAACUCCUGCUUGUGUUAAAAAAUGUGAAGAUGGAUACAAGGUGCCUUAUGCACAAGAUUUGCACCGUGGUAAAUCUGCAUACUCGCUUGGAAAUGAUGUUGACCAAAUCCGGCAAGAAAUUUAUACCAAUGGUCCAGUUGAAGGGGCAUUUACUGUAUAUGAAGAUUUUAUAGCUUACAGAGCUGGAGUAUAUAAACAUGUUGCUGGUAAAGCUCUUGGAGGCCAUGCAAUUAGAAUUCUUGGAUGGGGUGUUCAGAAUGGUGAAAUACCAUAUUGGUUAGUAGCUAAUUCUUGGAACAGUGAUUGGGGUAGCGAUGGCUUUUUCAAAAUAUUAAGAGGAAGUGACGAGUGUGGCAUUGAAGGACAAAUUAAUGCUGGUUUACCAGCUUAACUUUCACUCGUUUCAGAGUAAACAUUUAUAAAUCCCAACUUUUAUAUUUAAUUCAAAAAUGUACUACGAGUAAAAACAAAUUAUUAUUA